AUGUUAGGCAGUAUAUUCGGUUGGAUCUCGUUAUUGUUCGAGCCCCUGGCCUUUCAAGCGCCACUCAUUCAACCUCAGGCCCGUCUCCAAGCCGAAAAUUCAACAGCCCUAAAACCUCUCCCCUGGCAAGAUAUAAUCACGGGUGAUUAUGGAAUUCCCCCGACAUUAAAAAUCCACGACCGAGAAGGAAUCGUCAAAUGGUCCUGGGAGCGGAAAGAUGUCAAACAACCCCUUCCACCUCGUAUUCGUAGCGGCCUGUUUAGCCGUGCCAACGAUGCGACCGACAUGAAAUACAUGCGCGACGGCAAGUCCGUCGCUGCAAUCUACAGCAAUGCCAUCUUGGUCGUCAAUCACACCCCUGACUCCCCCUCAAUUGACAAGAAAAUCACCUUCGCCCUCGACAGAGGCACAGACGUACUGUGGAACUCGCACAGCAUUGAACCCCUCCCGGGCGACCGCCUGGCCGUCGCCACAACCGGCCAACGCGCAGAAGACGGCAUUCAAAUAUACAACAUGAAAGGCCUCCGCGCCAUCCACGCCAUGAUCUGGGACGAACACGGCCAGAUGCUGUGGGCGUGCGGGACCAAUGUAGCCGCGGAUGGCUCAGAUCCAGAGCCCGCCUAUGGCGUGAUCCAGGGGUACCCAUUCGACAACGUGACGGGGCUUCUUCGCGACGACCCGGCCUUCAAGUUCACCUUCCCUGAAUACUGGGACAUCGACACGGAAUGGGGCCACGGGUACAGCUGGUGGUCUGGGCCGCACGACCUGGUUCCCGUGCCGAACGAGCGAGUAUUCAUCGUCAGCAACGACAUCGGGCUGCACGCGUUCGACAUCGAGAGUAUGUCGUUCACCGCCAAGUUCGAGGAAGUCAUUGACAAGUACAUGCCUGGGUUCGAGUGCACGUCGAACGACCGGCACGGCAUCAACCGGCAAGGCGAGUGGGAGGAGCUGCCGCAGUCCGAUCUGAAGGCGUUAAGUCUUGCACCGGACGGCGCGUUUAUCUACACGCAGUCGCUGUGGAGGCUGUUCCGUGGCAACCAUACGAGUCUUGUGGUUGAUGGCGUGCGCACGAAGAUCAUGGAAGGCAAUGAGAUCUAUCGGUCGCGGUUUUUUGGUGACAUCCCUGGCUGGCCCAAACCGAGGCACGAGCUCAACCCGAAGCCUUCCCGAAGGCUUCGGUGGCAGCCCGCAAUUGGUUACACGGCGGUGCUCCGCGCGGCCCCUAACAUGUAUGACGUCGCGCAUGCUACGCUCAGCGAGGCCUGCGCGUAG